AUGUCGCAAGUUCGGGUUCGGGAUUACAAUCGGACAACGAAAAUAUUGUGCUCCGCAGCAUCUCCGCCAGGCUCAUUUCCGACGGAGCGUCAACUGGCGCUCACCGAAAUCCUCCGAGCAACACUUGUGUCGGUGACGAACUCUUCUACCUGUACAACCUUGAUGGUUUCAAGAACCCUCUCCGCCUCCCUUGGGCGUGUCAUUCGCAGCGCAGCGCGCACACAGCGCCAGCUGCCUCUGCGGUCAUUUGCGACCGCCGUCAACGUUGCCGGCCCUCUCACAGAGACGACAACUCUAUCGAAUGGCUUGACUGUCGCAACGGAGUCGCAUCCACACGCGCAGACGGCGACCGUCGGUGUGUGGAUUGACGCGGGCUCGCGGGCGGAGACGGACAAGACGAAUGGGACGGCACACUUCCUUGAGCAUAUGGCGUUCAAGGGCACAAACCGUCGCUCGCAGCAUGCCCUCGAGCUCGAGGUAGAGAACAUUGGUGCGCACUUGAAUGCGUACACCUCCCGUGAGCAGACCGUGUACUAUGCGAAGAGCUUCCGCAAAGACGUCGGGACCGCGGUGGACAUUAUCAGCGACAUCCUGCAGAAUUCGAAGCUGGAGACGGCUGCGAUCGAGCGCGAGCGGGAUGUUAUCUUGCGGGAGCAGCAGGAGGUCGAUAAACAAAUGGAGGAGGUUGUGUUUGACCACCUUCACUCUGUCGCUUUCGCCGGCCAACCGCUUGGUAGGACGAUCCUUGGACCCAAGCAAAACAUUCUGUCAAUUAACCGCGACGAUCUGGCGUCGUACAUAAAGACGAAUUACACUGCAGAUCGUAUGGUCCUCGUCGGCACCGGUGGGGUUGACCACCAAGAGCUCGUGAAGCUUGCGGAGAAAAGCUUCUCCUCCCUCCCUGUCUCCGCCAACCCCAUUCCCCUUGGCCGCCUCGCCCACCCGAAGACCAAAUUUGUUGGUGCGGAGGUGCGCAUACGGGACGACAGCAUGCAGACAGCCCAUCUCGCCAUUGCCGUUGAGGGGGUUGGGUGGAGCUCGCCCGACUACUACCCCAUGCUUGUUAUGCAAUCUAUCUUCGGGAACUGGGACCGCUCACUUGGCGCAGCGGGUCUAAUGUCGUCUCAGUUAUCUCACAUCGUUUCAUCGAACAACCUUGCUAACAGCUUCAUGUCUUUCUCAACAUCGUACUCGGACACUGGUCUCUGGGGUAUCUACCUGGUUACUGAGAACGUAAUGAACAUGGACGACCUUGCGCACUUCACCCUCAAGGAGUGGACACGGAUGUCUAUUGGACCAACGGAGGCGGAGGUUGAGCGUGCGAAGAGCCAGCUGAAGGCUAGUCUGUUGUUGAGUCUCGACGGUUCAACUGCAGUUGCGGAAGAUAUCGGCCGACAGCUCGUCACAAGCGGACGUCGCAUGACUCCUCAGCAGAUUGAGAAGGCGGUCGAUGCAGUGACCCCUGCCGAGAUCAAGCGAGUAGCUCAGAAAUACCUGUGGGACCAGGAUAUUGCUCUUACUGCCGUCGGUCCCAUCGAGGGUCUCUUAGACUACAACCGCAUUCGUGCGGAUAUGUCGUCACUGCUGUACUAG